AUGGAGUCAACUGCUUUGAAUGGGAGAAUGGCCAGAUGGCAGAUCUUACUGUCUAAAUUUGAUAUUGUCUAUGUGAGCCAAAAGGCUGUGAAAGGGAGUGCAAUUGCUGACUUUCUAGCUAGUAGAGCUCUGGAGGACUACGAGCCGUUGAGUUUUGAUUUCCCAAAUGAGGACCUAAUGUGUGUAGCCGCUACUGAAGAAAGUCCCCAAGAAGGUCACAGUUGGAAGCUAAACUUUGAUGGAGCCUCGAACGCUGUAGGCAAUGGAAUUGGGGCAGUCCUGGUGUCCCCAAAUGAAUAUGAAGCAUGCGUCAUGGGUAUUCGUGCUGCUAUAGAGCGAGGAAUCAAAGUGCUAAAGGUCUAUGGAGAUUCAGCAUUGGUGAUAUAUCAGCUCAGGGGUGAAUGGGAAACGAGAGAUCCCAAAUUAAUCAGUUAUCGAAAGUUGGUCCUCGAAUUGAUUAAGGAGUUUGAGGACAUCACUUUUUGCUAUCUCCCACGAGAAGAGAACCAGAUGGCUGAUGCACUAGCUACCUUAGCUUCCAUGAUCAAACUGAACAGACAUGGGGAUAUGAAACCAAUCCAAAUGAGUAUCUAUGAAAACCCGGCUCAUUGUUACAAUAUUGAAGAAGGGGAAAUCGAUGAUAGUCCUUGGUAUCAAGAUAUAUUACGAUGGGGAGAUCUUGUACAAGAGGGGAAAAGAUCAGGUACUGCUAAGAUGUGUGGACGCCGUAGAAGCAAAGAAAAUUCUAGAAGAAGUCCAUGA